GACUCGCCAACUUCCACCAAGACACAGACAAAACUCGCGGGCUAUCGGACACGAAGAUCACAUUUAGCCGUAUCAAAACUUUCGAAACAUCUUAUCAGCACGCCUUCCAACCCUUAAACACCACAUCAGCGCAUCACAAUCUACCAGAAAUCUCUGCGACUCCCAGCAAACCGCAUACCUCCAAACGCCCAAAACAUGCCAAACGCAACGACAAGAUCCGAGGCUGCUACAAGCAAUCCCUCUCCACAAACCCUAAACCUAGCAGACCGCACUGCGCCCCAGCGACAGCGAGCAAACUCUGUUCAAUCAUCCGAUUCCGACCCAACCUCCUCCUCAGGCUCAUCUUCAGAGGAUGACAGCGAGAGCGAAAGGGAAGACGAACAGCACUCCGACCAAGAAAUGAAUAGCACAAGAGAGUCGACCACCCACGCACAUGCCUCUAAUCCAUCCUCACUGCCUCACAUCGCCGGUCGCCCGAAACCGCGCAUACAUCGCAUGAAAGGCGAUUCGGGACUUUUGUCGCGGCUCAACGCUUUCUUGCCACAGAUGAAGGAUGCAAAUGAGGAUUUGCAGAGGCAGAUUGAAGCCGGGGAGGCUGGGGAUCUGAUUCUCGACAAUGCGGACGAGAAUGGGGAGCAGUAUAUUGAGAUGGAUCUUGGUCUUGGUGUUUUGGAAGAGAAGCGCGAUGGUGAUUCUUCGAGUGACGAGGAGAGUGAUGACGAAGGGUCUAAGGAUGCCACAGGGGCUGGGAAGACUCCCCAGGAGAUGAAUGACUCGGAUAUCAUUGGGAAGCUUAUGGGAGGUAAGACUAAGAAGUCGAAUACGGAUAAGCCGUCUAUCGAGGAGAUGGCUUAGUAGACACUUGUUAGAUUUGGUGGUGGGUUGCAUCAUUUAUGACAUUUUUGGUCGAGAUGUGUGGUCUUGAUUCAAUCAUGGCGAUUUACUGGCUUGACAUUUGCAUACCGUGGGCUCCGUGUUAUCAUUUAGCGUCUAAUGCUUUGCUUUUUUCCCCUCUACAGAAGUGGCUCCAAACCAAUCGCAUGCAC